AGGAUUGGUUGUAGGUGCGGGUUCCGCGAGCUACGGUAUUGUUAGCCUGUGACACCCGGUACCCAAGCAAUGCGAUGUAGUUUCGGGAACUCCGACAAUCAUUAAAACAUUGAAAGCAGAAGCAUAGUAUUGACACAAUACUUUGAGAAGCACAUCGGGGAAGGAACAGCACCUGUGACCAUGACAGAAAACAUAAUCAUCCGGGUCCAGUCUCCGGAUGGAAUGAAAAAGAUCCCAUCCACUAAGCGGGAGACGGCGGCUGCGUUCCUCAAGAAGGUUGCUAAGGAGUUUGGCUUCAGCUCCAAUGGCUUCUCUGUGUAUGUGAACCGUAACAAGACUGGGGAGAUCCUGUCCCAGAACAAGACCCUCAGUCUGCUGAAGAUCAAGCACGGAGACAUGCUCUUCCUGUUCCCCUCCGGCUCCUCGGGGCCCUCUGGUGAGGUCAUGGAUGUCACGGGCCCUCACACCUCCUCUUCGCUACCUUCAACGUCCUCUUCAUUGCCCGCCUCCUUCGCCACAUCCUCCUCCUCCUCAGCAGUGCCCCGCUCGCAGUCCACUCCCCAGAUCGCCGAGGACGACAUCGACCAGCAUCUGUCCAAGCAGGACGGAAAGAUCUACAGGAACAGAGACCCCCAGCUGUGUAGACAUGGCCUGAUGGGGAAGUGUGUGCACUGUGUUCCAUUAGAGCCCUUUGAUGAGGACUACCUGAACCACCUGGACCCUCCUGUCAAGCACAUGUCGUUCCACGCCUACAUCCGCAAACUGACCGGCGGCGCGGACAAAGGAAAGUUUGCAGCUCUGGAGAACGUCAGCUGUAAGAUAAAGUCGGGAUGUGAGGGCCAUCCGCCCUGGCCUGAGGGAAUUUGCACCAAGUGCCAACCCAGCGCCCUCACACUCAGCCGCCAGAAGUACAGACACGUGGAUAACAUUAUGUUCGAGAACCAUACCAUCGCCGACCGCUUCCUGGACUUCUGGAGGAAGACAGGAAGUCAGCGUAUGGGCUUCCUGUACGGGCGUUACACGGAGCACAAGGACAUCCCGCUGGGCUUGCGUGCCGAGGUGGCCGCCAUCUACGAGCCGCCACAGAUUGGAACUCAGAACAGCCUGGAGUUAGUGGAUGAUCCCAAGGCUGUGGCGGUCGACGAGAUCGCAGCAAAACUGGGCCUCCGUAAGGUGGGCUGGAUCUUCACAGACCUGCUCUCGGAGGACACCAGGAUAGGCACGGUGCGUUACUCCAGGAACAAGGACUCAUACUUCCUGAGCGCAGAGGAGUGCAUCACGGCCGGAGACUUCCAGAACAAACAGCCCAACCCCUGCCGCCUCUCCCCCGAAGGCCACUUCGGCUCCAAGUUCGUCACCGUGGUAGCAACAGGGGGCCCUGAUAACCAGGUGCACUUUGAGGGGUACCAGGUGUCCAAUCAGUGCAUGGCCCUGGUGGGGGACGAGUGCCUGCUGCCCUGCAAAGACGCCCCAGAGCUGGGGUACGCCAAGGAGUCCAGCACCGAGCAGUACGCCCCCGAUGUGUUCUACACGGACAAAGACAAGUUUGGGAAUGACAUCACAUACCUGGCGCGACCGCUGCCCGUGGAGUACCUCAUCAUUGAUAUCACCACCACCUUCCCUAAGGACCCAGUUUACACGUUCAGCUCCCCCCACCGCUUCCCCAUCGAGAACCACGACGUCCUGGGAGAGACGCAGGACUUCCACAGUCUGGCCUCCUACCUGUCCCAGAGCUCAUCCUCCAGGUUUCUGGACCUGGUCUCUGACUUCCACCUGCUGCUCUUCCUGGUCACCAACGACGUAAUGCCCCUGAAGGACAGCAUCGGUCUCCUGCUGGAAGCAGUGAAGUCGUCCAAUGAGGAGCUGGCACAGACCUGGAAGAAGUCCGAACAGUGGGCCACUAUCGAGCAGCUCUGUGGUACGGUGGGUGGGCAGACGUCUGGGCCUCAGGAGUAUGGGGCCAUGGGAGGACCGUCUGUCCCAGCAUCCUCCUCUGCCAUGUGGUCCUGCCUGCACUGCACCUUCAUGAACCAGCCGGGCACGGAGCUCUGCGAGAUGUGCAGCCUGCCCCGCAGCUAGGCCCCGCCCCUCCGGCCCCGCCCCGCCCACUCUGACCACGCCCCAUCAGACCCCCCCCCACCCAGGACCAGCUGAGAGAAUGGCAUGCCCCUCCCCGCUCCCCCCACCCCUCCCCCCACUUCAAUGGGAUGGCUGCAAGUCUCCUGGAUGUCAGAGGUCAAAUGCCACCUAACUCCACCCUCUCCCUGGCCCCUGAAGCUGCUGUGUGAACACUCUGUUUCUCUCUCUCUCACUGUAACGGUCUGAAUCCUGUGAACGCUGUGUUCCUCUCUCACUGUAGCGCUAAACGGUCUGAAUCCUGUGAAUGCUGUGUUCCUCUCUCACUGUAGCGCUAAACGGUCUGAAUCCUGUGAACGCUGUGUUCCUCUCUCACUGUAGCGCUAAACGGUCUGAAUCCUGUGAACGCUGUGUUCCUCUCUCACUGUAGCGCUAAACGGUCUGAAUCCUGUGAACGCUGUGUUCCUCUCUCACUGUAGCGCUAAACGCUCUGAAUCCUGUGAACGCUCUGUUCCUCUCUCACUGUAGCGCUAAACGGUCUGAAUCCUGUGAACGCUGUGUUCCUCUCUCACUGUAGCGCUAAACGGUCUGAAUCCUGUGAACGCUGUGUUCCUCUCUCACUGUAGCGCUAAACGGUCUGAAUCCUGUGAACGCUCUGUUCCUGUCGUUUGGGCAGAGCCACACCCUCUGGCUCUGGUUUGCUGCUGCGGUUUGAGUGGCAGCCAGUCCAAAUCCUCUCUUCUUCCAUUCCCUUCUUUCUCUGAGCUGCUUUCUGUUUCCAUUCUUACUUUCUUCCUCUCUCUGUUCCCCCCUCUCCCCCUCUUUCUAUUCCUCUCCCUCUGUUACUCCCUCUCUCUCUCCCCCCCCUUCUCUUCCUUUCUGUUUCUCCCUCUCUUCCUCUCCCCCCUCUCUUCCUCUCUGUUACUCCCUCUCUCCCUGCAUUCAGAGUGAUGUGUACAAUCCCAUCAUGCUUUGCUCCAUCUUCAAAGCCUUCAGCUACAAUGGGGAUGAGAGGUCAACUAUCAGCAAAAAAAAAACCUAUAACUCAACGGGGCUCAUUCUGUCAUAGGUUCAAUCUGUUCUGCACCUGUGAGAGAGGGAGAGAGAGGCAGGGAGAGGCAGGGAGAGAGGGAGAGGGAGAGGGAGGGAGAGGCAGGGAGAGAGGGAG